AUGAGGCUGCCAGAGGGAAGGAGAUAUCUUCUUAACACAAGUGAAUGUCUCUCUACCAGCAGGUGUAGAACAGCUCUCCCCAUGACGACUGGAACUCCUGCAAUGAGAAUCUUGUUACUAGAAGGGCAGCUGCCUCUCCUGUUGCUGCUCUCCAGUCUGUGUCAACCCACUUGGAGCUACCAGGUUGAAACUAAGAUUGACUUUGACUUGGCACCAGGUUCCUUUGAUGACCGGUAUCAAGGCUGUAGCAAACAGGUCAUGGAGAAGCUCAAUCAAGGGGAUUAUUUCACAAACGAAUUAAAAAGCCGUAAGGGUUAUUCCAAUUCCUGGCACAGAGCGCACUUAACCUGGCUGAGCCAAGCAAAAACUCUCCCCAAGGACAUGACAACUGCUCAUGCUGUGGCCAUUGUGCUUUACACUUUGAACAGCAACAUUAGCUCCGACUUCAUUAACGCCACGCGCAGUGCUGGCAGAUCCACGUGGCAGUACAAUCAUUCGUUCCAUUUCAAAUACCUCCAUUACUACCUGACCUCAGCAAUCCAACUGCUAAGGCAAGAAAUCGCCAGGAAGAAUGGCACGCGAUGUUACAAGGCGUACCAUGGAGCAGAGGAUGCCUACUUUAAAGCCCAUCCAGGUGCCGUCAUUCGAUUUGGUCAGUUUCUCUCUGCCUCACUCUUGAGGGAAAAGACACAGACAUUUGGGAACCAAACCGUAUUUGCCAUUUCUACUUGCCUGGGUGUACCUGUAGAAGACUUCUCCCUCAGGAAGGAGAUCCUGGUCCCACCUUACGAGUUGUUUGAAGUCGUAAAUAUAAGCAACCAUCCAAGAGGAAGUUGGUUGGAAUUGCAGUCAGCCGGGAAUCUAAGCACAUAUAACUGUCAGCUGCUAAAAGGUACUUCUGCUCUAAAUUGA